CACAGGGAGAUCCGAUCUAACACACAAACCCGUACCAACCAUCCUCUGGCCUUGACCUCCACCCUUCCAGCCCCACCCCUCUAGAGCCUCCCGCAGGCCCCGCCCCGCCGCUCUAGCCGGAGCUCCUCUCGUUGGUGGAGGUGAGUCCAGGGACCUCAGAGCUCCGAAGAGUUUGGGGGCUUGAAUCUAGUCUCACGUCUACUCAAAGGUCUCUGGAGCUUGAGAUUCCUGAAGAGCGGCACUAAGGACUCCAAAAUCGCCGGCCUCUGGGCUUUCUUCUCUCCAGAUUCGAAGAUCCCUUCCCUGCCUCCCCAGACUCACUAGACUGUUGAAGGUGCCAUGGUCUCCAAACCCAGGAGCGAAUGGAGUACCCUCCUGUCCCACCUGGUGCUGGCAGCCGUGUCUCUGCAUGCGGCGGUGAGCUCGGUACAGUCCAGCCGAGGAGCUGCUGCGGGCUUCCUGCUCCAGACCUUUGCAGCCAUCGCUAUGUUGGCCCCGGGGCUGAACACACACGAAGACUGUCUCGCUGGAGCUUGGGUUGCCACGGUCAUCGGUCUGCCUCUUCUGGCCUUCGACUUUCACUGGUGUACUAACGGUCACUUGAUGUGCGCUGGCUGUUUUAUCCACCUACUAGCAGAUGCCCGGCUGAAGGAGGAGCAGGCCACAUGUCCCAACUGUCGUUGUGAGAUCAGUAAGAGCCUCUGCUGCCGGAACCUGGCUGUGGAGAAAGCUGUGAGCGAGCUGCCUUCAGAGUGUGGCUUCUGUCUACGCCAGUUCCCUCGCUCCCUCCUAGAGAGGCACCAGAAAGAGGAAUGCCAGGACAGGGUGACACAGUGCAAGUACAAGCGUAUUGGCUGCCCAUGGCAUGGCCCUUUCCAUGAGCUGACAGUGCAUGAAGCUGCAUGUGCUCACCCAACCAAGACAGGCAAUGAACUGAUGGAGAUCCUAGACGAGAUGGACCAGAGCCACCGCAAGGAGAUGCAGCUCUACAACAGCAUCUUCAGCCUGCUCAGCUUUGAGAAGAUUGGCUACACAGAGGUUCAGUUCCGGCCUUACCGCACUGACGACUUCAUCACGCGCCUGUACUAUGAGACGCCCCGGUUCACAGUGCUGAACCAGACGUGGGUCCUGAAGGCCCGCGUGAAUGACUCGGAGCGCAACCCCAACCUGUCGUGCAAGCGCACGCUCUCCUUCCAGCUGCUCCUCAAGAGCAAGGUCACGGCGCCCCUGGAGUGCUCUUUCCUUCUGCUCAAGGGCCCCUACGACGACGUGAGGAUCAGCCCCGUCAUCUACCACUUCGUCUUCACCAACGAGAGCAACGAGACGGACUACGUGCCGCUGCCCAUCAUCGACUCGGUGGAGUGCAACAAGCUGCUGGCCGCCAAGAACAUUAACCUGCGGCUCUUCCUGUUCCAGAUACAGAAGUAGGACGGGCCCGGGACACCUGAGGAGCAGAGGGCUGCAGUCCAGUAGUGCUGUCCCACCCCUCCCCAGCUUGGCAGCAGCUUCACACAGCUAUCUGAUCAUUUUAGCAAAGGAGGCGAACCAAGAAAAUCUAACACUGAGAAAGUCUGCAUGCGUGUGCAACGGGGUCCCUGCCUCUGGCUCACCUUCCUCCCCAUUGCCUCCCACCUCCUGCAGGCAGCCAGAGGCUGGGCUGACCACAGUGGAAACAGUACUCUGGGCUCCUCAGGUACAGGUGGUGAGGAGGGCAAGGAGCCAACCACCCUCACCCCAGCUCCCAUCCUCACAUGGAGGUGGCACGGUGGUUCCCUGGCCGGGCUCAGGGGCCCUGGCUGACUUCAGACAGCAUAUUUGAUUGCAAUUAAAAAGGCAGCCUUGUUUCCUA